GGCCUGUCACCUGGGCAGCUGUCUUUGGCCGCCCGAGCAUCUGGACGCCUUCUGCCUGUUCUGCCAACAGAAGCAUCGGACCUCUUUAAGGCUCUUCUGGAGCCCUUGUCCAAGCGCGAGGCCAAGGACAGGGAGUUGGUCCUGGUGGCCUGUCGGCAGCUCGACGCCUCCUUGCGACGUUUGCUGGCGGACACUGACCUCCUCCGUAGUGGUGGAGCGGAAGUUCGUCCCUCCAACAUUGAGGUGCGCCUGCAGAUCUUGUACGGUUUGCCGCUGCACGCCGCUGCGCUGGGAGAUAUGGAGUCUUGCAAGGAUCUGGCACGUGUGGUGGAGGCAUGGGUGCAGAAGCUGCUGGAGGCCAAAGAUGCCCCAGCCUAUGCCUUGGCCACCGCCUACCUGGCAGCCAGCACAGUCAGGCAUGCCCUCCUGGUCGCUGAGGAGGAAGCACUGGCAAGUGGUCUCGGUUCUUCGUCUACUGCAGCCCUGGCAGCCUUGGCGAGGCAUUGGAGCAAGAUCUCUGCAAACGAGAUCAACAUUCUCUUCCGAACGCCCGGUGAUGUCUCUGAUGUCACAGCAGAGGCGCUGAAGCAAGCGGAAAACAUCGAGGAUGCUCAUGCGCUAGUCGUACUCCUCCAGGUCUCACACAUGCCGCCGGGUGCUCCGGGACUGGCCGAUGCCGCCUGUACCGCACUGAUGGCGCGAGUGGAGACGAUGACGGACGCCACCCAGCUAAGCACGCUGGAGGCUGCCACGCGCAAGGGUCCCAAGGCCGGUGUGGAGUUCCAGAAAGUGGCCGAGCUCCGACAACGAAUCCGCUCACAGCUCUUCAAGGCAGUGCUGAAUGCAAAGCCCAUCUGGCACUCGAAGCCCAACAGAGGCUUCAUCCGCUACGUCGAGAAGGGCUUGGAGAAAGACCGGCGCCCCAAAGAGGACGUUGCGAAACGCGAGGAGCCGUUUGUGGCCCAGCAGCCGGCUUCUCCAGACCAGGACCGCCUUGCUGUCAGCGAAGGGGAUGCUUCCAGCAUCUGGUGUUAA